AUGAAGGGUUUGGUCGGAGGAAUCCCUCUUGCCCUCCUCGUCGCCGCCGUCGCCAACGGCCAUGGCGAGGCGGUACAGGAGGAGGGACCGGUAACUUUGAUCGGUGGCCCCAGUGGUGACGACGGUGGGAACAGUGCUGCUAUCGGGUUCAACAGCAGCUACAGUUCCGGUGUGAAGGACAACUACCAGGACGACCACUCCGUUGAUGUGAAUAACACUGUGGUCGCCGCCGCUCCCCCUCGUCCGCCAGUGCUUGGUUACCACAAGCGAGAUGAUCCCGCAGUGACCUUUCUCAAAGGACCAUCCGGCAACGACGGCGGUAACAGUGCGGAAAUCGAGUUUGAUAGUUCAUAUGCCUCCGACGUUGAGGACUGGUACAAGGACGAUCACUCCCUUGAUAAGGAGAAUCACAUCAUUACUCCUCCUCCAAUCCACGGCUUUCGCAGGCGAGAUGAUCCCUCAGUAACCCUUGUCGGAGGUCCAUCUGGCAAUGAUGGCGGCAACAGUGUUGAGGUUGAGUUUGAUAGCUCGUACGCCUCCGCUGUCAAGGAUUCGUACAAGGACGACCACUCCGUCGACAUCGACAACCAUAUCGUCCACCCUCCCCCAGCUCCCGGUUUCCGCAAGAGAGGUGGCGGUGAGACCACAUUCUUUGGUGGUCCAUCUGGCGACGAUGGCGGCAACAGUGCUAGCUUUGAGUUCGAUAGCUCAUAUGCUUCAAGUGUUAAGGAUGCCUAUAAGGAUGACCACUCUGUUGAUGUGAAGAACACUAUCAUCCACCCGCCUCCUGUCUUUCACCCUCCCUCGGUGCCGGGUUUCCAUAAGAGAGAUGGGGGUGAUACCACCUUCUUCGGUGGUCCCUCCGGGGAUGAUGGCGGAAACAGUGCUGAGGUCGAAUUUGAAAGCGCCUAUGUGUCGAGUGUCGAGGACUACUACAAGGAUGACCAUUCAGUGGACGUCGAGAACCAUAUCAUCCACCCUCCCCCUGUUUUCCACCCUCCACCAGUUCGGGGGUUCCGCAAGAGAGAGGGCGGCGACACUGUUUUCUUUGAUGGUCCAUCUGGCGAUGAUGGCGGCAAUAGUGCUAGCUUUGAGUUUGAUAGCUCAUAUGACUCAAGUGUCAAGGAUGUUUACAAGGAUGACCACUCUGUUGAUGUCAAAAACACCGUCAUCCAUCCUCCCCCUGUCUUCCACCCUCCACCAGUUCGGGGUUUCCGCAAGCGAGAGGGCGGUGACACUGUUUUCAUUGAUGGUCCAUCUGGCGAUGAUGGCGGCAAUAGUGCUAGCUUUGAGUUUGAUAGCUCAUAUGCCUCAAGUGUCAAGGAUGCCUAUAAGGAUGACCACUCUGUUGAUGUCAAAAACACCGUCAUCCAUCCUCCCCCUGUCUUCCACCCUCCUCCGGUGCCAGGCUUCCGGAAGCGCGAUGAUGGAGGCUCUCACAUUGGCACUCCAAACUCCCAUAAACUGGCUAAGCCGGCUGCGAGCGAAGAUUCUGGAAAAUCUGCCAAAGACGGCGGAAUUACCUUCAUUAAAGGUCCCUCCGGUAACGAUGGUGGCAACAGCGCCGAUGUCGAGUUUGACAGCAACUAUGGAUCUGCUGUCGAAGAUUAUUACAAGGACGACCAUUCCGUGGAUAUCAAGAACCACAUCGUUGCGCCACCUGCUGUGCCAAAGGGCUUCCGCAAGCGCGGCAGCGGCCCUGUUUUCUUCGAUGGUCCCAGCGGGGAUGAUGAAGGGAAUGAUGCUGACUUUCUCUUUGAUAACGACUACUCGUCGAAGGUCGACAGCCACUAUGUGGAUGAUCAUUCCGUGAAGGCAGAGAACUGGAUCGUGCACGUUCCGCCGCCCCCGCCCCCCCCUCGUCCUCAGCCCCCUCAUCCUCAGGGACCUCCUUUCCUGCCCCCUCAUCCUCAGGGAACUCCUCCCCAGGCAGCUCCGCCUCCUUUCGCUGGCAACGCAGAGCCGCCUCGUCCUCAGGCACCCCCUCCGCAGGCAGCUCCGCCUCCUUUCGCUAGCAACCAAGAGGCCCCUCGUCCUCAGGCACCUGCUCCUCAGGCACCUGCUCCCCAGGCAGCUCCGCCUCCAUUUGCUGGCAACCCAGAGCCGCCUCACGGAGUGGCCCCGGUAGCAAGCGAGCCAUGCAGCACAUCCACCUUCAUUGAGACCGUCAUCAAGACCCUUGCAGACAAGCCGGUGGCUACUAAGCCCGCUGCCCCGUACAGGCCGCCUGAGCAUUCUCAGCCCCAUGUGCCUCAGCCAAAAGCUCCAUCCGACCCCAACCAUGGGUUCGAGCCGACGCAUCCCGCCGAGGCCGUGCCAACUGGUGUUUCUCCAACCCACGAGGUUGAGGCUCCCAAGGGCCACGAGAACCCUGGCUUCCAGAAGCCAGAGCCUGCCCGCCCCUCUUUCACCACGUCGAAGGUGGAAGCUCAUCCCCAGCCGACUGUCCCGUCGUACCCCCCUCAGGGAAACCCUCAAGCACACCCUGAGGGCGGCGCUCCCGCUGGCCCUGGUCACGGCCAGCCUCAAGGCGACGCGAUUCCUUGCCCGACGGGUAGGCCCGGAGGUCACCAACCUGAGCCUGCCGCUCCCGCGUAUCAACCGCAUCAACCCCAGGACGCUGACCCGAAGGAAGCUCCCAAGCACGCGGCCACCGCGGUAGAGCCCCUGACCUCCAUCACGUCCACCAUCACAGUGAGCCACACCUCCUCCUUCGCGGUCGUCCCCGUCUACAUGGACUCGAACCACAAGACCUCCUGCACGUCAGGAGCCCACCAGCGCCCCACCGACGUUGACGCCCACGACAAUCACCACGCGCCUUCCUCGGCACACAGCCAGGCCGUCAAACCCACGCACCACGCUGCUCCGUCCCCGACGCCUAGCCAGAGUAUGUUGUUCACCGGCGCCGCCGGCCGCAUCACACCCGCUGCUGGCGUCGUGUCUGCCGUGUGUGGUCUCAUGGCUGUUCUUGCCUUCGUGCUGUAA